AUGCAGUUGUCGCGUACAGCUUACCGUGCCGCCAUUUUUCACCUCAGCGUCAACCCAAUUUUUGCCCGCGCCGUCCUCACAAACCCCUGGGCACCGAGCAGCCUCGCCAGCCUACCACAGACACCGAGCUCGCGGCUCUACACUGUCUUUUUCCCCCAGUGCGCGCCCCAAAGCCCCAUACUCGAGACGAUCCGCCAAUCGCACAACAUGUCUACCUCAAACUCUAAUGCCACCACGAAACAAGGGACAACCGAGCCCCAAACGCAAGAAGAGAACCAGAACCAAUCCCCACAAGAACGCCUCUCUCUCCCUUCAGCCGACUCCUCAAGCGAUGGCGAGGCGAAACAAAUUCGACUUGACCUAGGAGCUGAGGGUGGCGUUACGCUCGACCAUCUCGGCCCUAUGGUAGUCAAUGUGGACGGCUCUCUCUCUCGCAUUGGCAACUGGGAACAGAUGGCGGAGAUAGAGCGCAAGAACACGUUGCGGAUAUUGGGCAAGCGGAAUAAGCAGCGUUUGGAGGCUCUGCGAGCGGCCGAGGCUGAGAAGGAUCAGAAAUGA